AUGGAUCUUCAGGGGACUAAGGAGGCCCGGACCCAAGAGGAGGGUGCCGACGGCCCGUUAGACGCCUAUGGUGGAGGCGGCCGCUCCAAAGAGUAUCACAAGAACGAGGGGCGCGAUUCUCACGGCCAUGAUAAUUCUUCCAACCCGCUUCGUCGACAGUCACCUUUUACAUACCCCCCUGGAACUCGUCAGCAAUCUGCGCUAGCGCCCGCAACGCCACGCCGGGAGCCCUCGCCGUCUCCAGAGGCCAUCGUCAUCCCCAAAGCUCUGGGAUUAAGUUCUCGGGAUCAAAGAUUAAUAUGCAAAGCUCGGCGUCAGCCACCAGUGACCAAGAAAACGCUGAGUGAACUCGAUCUGCCAUGCAUCAUCAACAACAUCAAUCUUCGCAUGGAUGCCAACUUCGAUCGCGACUUACAUUUCAAGCCUGAUCUAGAUGGCGAGAAGGGAAACCGGAAACGGAAAGAUGCGACCGCGUACUGGGAUUCGAUGGCGACGGAGAUUGCGAUCUAUGCAUACUACGCUGCUAACCCCGACGAGGAGCAGAGCCGGGGGAGCUCACAACGCACAUUUGAGCCGCGGCUGCCUGCCAUGUUCGAAACUCUGCAGGAAGUAAUCAAGACCCUUGUUCCGGAGCGAGAUCAUCCCAGCGUCAUGCAGAACUUAGAGGUGCCCUUGCUUAUGCAGCAGAUCCGCAAGGGCGUACUCGAUAUGGAUGCGCUAGCGACGUGGAUGGCGGCUUUGCUCAAGACGCAUUGUGCACCGAUGCGGGAUGAGUGGGCGGAUCGGAUGGCUGAACAGAUCACGCAAGGGUCCCAGUCACAAGACCCAAAAGAGAUAGUGAAUGGCUUGACGACCCUCUUUGCGAUCUUGGAGGCUAUGAAACUGGAUGUUGCGAACCACCAGAUACGUACCUUCCGCGUUCUUCUCAUUGAAGACACAGUCCCUUUCCUACAAGAAUACUUCGAGGGCAAAAUCAGUCGCGGAAGUUUCCAGGUCGAACCCGCCCGUCUCUGGUACCUAGAUGUACGAAACCGUGCCCAACAAGAAGAUGCGCUCAAGAGCCCAACCCAACCCGACGACGGUCUCAAGCCCCUCGAAGCCCUCCUAUGCGGCAUCGCCGACCAACUCCUCCAAUUCACACCUCCAUCGGAAUUCCCCGAAACCUUCCUCUUCGACUCCGACAGACUCUGGCAACUCCGCGCCACAAUUCAAAAUCUCAUCAAUCUCGAAAUAGCCUGGUACAUCUUCGAGUCCUGGGUCCACUCCAAAAAUCGUUACCUCCGCGGCCGCGAAGAAAUAUGUUUAACAUUCCGCACCCGCAUCCAAUCCUUGAUGGAAGACGGCAUCGACCCGAACGGCCACAUCCCUAGCGCAAUAGAUGACGACCCAGACCUCCGUGGCGGCGCACACUGGUACCAAAACAUGCGGAGCAUAGCGCUUGAAAUCGCCCGCUUCGCUUGCUUAGCCUGUGGCAUGGACGACGUCGAAGACGAAGUCAUCACACCCAUUGAGGCAGCGCUGGAAUGGCAUCUAACCAACGAGUCGGAUCUCUUCCGCCAUUUCCAGGAUGGAAUUCGCGAGAAGGUCCUGGCUGCGACUAUCGCUUCGGCGAAGAAAUUCUUGCCCCUUUCGCCGUUGGCCAUUUGUGAGUCGCAGCGCGCUGUUGCACCUUCUGCACCGCUGGUUUCUGCUGCGCCUUCGGCUGCGGUCAAUCCUACGAGUUCGACCGGUGGGUUGGCGCAAACUACUACGCCGUCGGAGUACGAUAUCGAGCGUAUUGGGAUGCGUCUUGCUCAUGUGGGUGUUUUGCAUUGGCGUGUUUGGGCUCCUCUGCUUUACCUCCGAGAUGAGAUUGCGGAUCUAGAUGUCGGUCCUUCGGCAUUUGUCUGA